GUCCUAAGAAGUCUUUCUCAUUUCGAGUGGCGAGCACAACACACGAAAGCAUCUGUCAAGCAGGAGCCAGGAUUAGGGUUUAAUUUUGAGUUGACUGAACAGCAGAAAGAAUUUCAAGCAACCGCUCGGAAGUUUGCAAGAGAAGAAAUAAUCCCAGUCGCUGCAGAGUAUGACAGAACGGGUGAAUACCCGUUCCCCCUAAUUAAAAGAGCCUGGGAACUUGGUUUGAUCAAUGCACACAUUCCGGAGAACUGUGGUGGUCUUGGACUGGGGACUUUUGAUGCUUGUCUAAUUACCGAAGAGUUGGCGUAUGGAUGUACAGGGGUGCAAACUGCCAUUGAAGCAAACUCUCUGGGGCAAAUGCCUGUGAUUCUCGCUGGAAACGAUGAACAGAAGAAGAAGUAUUUGGGGAGAAUGACAGAGCAGCCAAUGAUGUGUGCCUACUGUGUUACUGAGCCCUCAGCAGGCUCUGACGUGGCUGGCAUUAAGACCAGAGCAGAAAAGAAGGGCGAUGAGUAUGUUAUCAAUGGCCAGAAGAUGUGGAUAACCAACGGAGGGAAGGCAAACUGGUAUUUUUUACUGGCACGUUCUGACCCGGAUCCUAAAGUACCUCCUAGUAAAGCCUUUACUGGAUUCAUUGUGGAAGCUGACACCCCAGGAAUACAUAUUGGGAAAAAGGAAUUAAACAUGGGCCAGCGAUGCUCUGAUACAAGAGGAAUUGCCUUUGAAGAUGUCAGAGUGCCCAAGGAAAACGUCUUGAUUGCUGAAGGAGCUGGCUUCAAAAUUGCAAUGGGGGCUUUUGAUAGAACCAGACCUACAGUUGCAGCUGGCGCUGUCGGGCUAGCCCAGAGAGCUCUGGACGAAGCUACAAAGUAUGCCCUGGAGAGGAAAACAUUUGGAAAGCUGCUAGCAGAGCACCAAGCAGUUUCAUUUCUGCUCGCAGAAAUGGCGAUGAAAGUUGAACUCGCUAGACUCAGUUACCAGAGAGCUGCUUGGGAAGUUGACGCUGGCCGCCGGAAUACAUACUAUGCCUCCAUUGCAAAGGCCUUUGCUGGAGAUAUUGCCAAUCAGUUAGCUACUGAUGCCGUGCAGAUUUUUGGAGGCUAUGGAUUCAAUACAGAAUACCCUGUGGAAAAACUGAUGAGGGAUGCCAAGAUCUAUCAGAUUUAUGAAGGUACUGCACAAAUUCAGAGGCUGAUCAUAGCCCGUGAGCACAUUGGAAAGUUUAAAAAUUAAAGGAAAUUGCUUUUGAAGAGAUGCUUCAUACUCGUGCAACUAAACCUCAAGGCAUUGUUUAUGCUUAAGAGAAAAAGAAGGGCUUUGUCUAUCAUCUUUCCAAGAAAUGAAGUCAAAGAUGAAUAACACAGAUCUGUGCAGUUUAUUACAAUGGUGGAAUGCACCUCUGUUGAACUCCAUGGUUUCAGGAUAAAUUUGGUUUAUUGGAACAAUGAGUUGUUCUUAAUACUCCUGCUCCUGGAUGAUAUUUGCUCUGUGAUAACUUAAGUUACCACAGCUGAUUUAUAAUUCUGAACAUAUUUACUUUGUUUUACACCAAAAAGUAAAAAAAUACAAAAAAAUUCACUUUUUCCAUUAUAAAACUGUAAGAAGUGCCGGGCGUUGGUGGUGCACACCUUUGAUCCUGGCACUUGGGAGGCAGAGACAGGUAGCUCUCUGUGAGUUUGAGACCAGCCUGGUCUACAAGAGCCAGUUCCAGGACAGCCUCCAAAGCCACAGAGAAGCCCUGUCUCGAAACCCCCCCCCCAAAAAAAAUGUAAGAAGUUUCUGGAAAAUCUUAAUAAUGAACCAACAUUUCAUUUGUCUCAUUUAAAAUAAUUCAAUAAAGCUAACCUUAAGCUAU